AUGGACCUGAAUUCUCAACAGGAGAAGGGCAAUGUGCUCGACAGCAGCACCCAGUCUGAUGAAUCCCACACUGAAGAGACACAAACCAAGCCAAGUGAGAACCUUCCAGGAUGGAAGAUAUUCGUCAUCUGGUUAGCAAUUGCACUUGGUGUAUUGUGUACUUUUCUCGAUGAAGGCAUUAUUGCGACAGCUAUUCCGCGUAUCACGGACGAAUUUGGAUCUCUUACCGAUGUUGGUUGGUAUGGUUCAGCUUACCAAAUGACACUUUGCGCAUUUCAACUCAUUUUCGGACGCUUGUACAACCAAUUCAACGUCAAGAUCAUUUAUGUCAUCUCUCUCGCCAUCUUCGAGAUUGGGUCCCUCAUUUGCGCAGUGAGCCCGAGCUCAGCAGUCUUCGUCGUCGGACGCGCCAUCGCUGGCCUCGGUGCGUCCGGCCUUCAGAGUGGCUGUCUAGUCCUCAUCUCCGCAGCCCUGCCUGCGAAACACCUGCCGAUGUAUGUAGGUGCCAUCGGCAUGGUCUAUGGUGUUGCCGCAGUUCUUGGGCCGGUGGUCGGCGGCAUUAUCACGAACAGCUACCUUACGUGGAGAUGGUGUUUUUACAUCAACCUCCCGAUCGCGGCACCACCCGCUCUCGCGACGUUGUUUCUGGUCAAGUCGUCCCCAUUAACCGAACAGCAGCGGCAGCCUUGGCUGCAGAAAAUCAGGGGCUUGGAUUAUCUUGGCAUGCUCCUCUUACUGCCAGGGAUCACCUCAUUCCUCCUCGCUCUCCAAUUCGGAGGCGCGCUGUUCACGUGGAGCGACCGACGGACCAUUGCUUGCUUUGUCGUCGCUGGCGUUCUCGUCAUCGGCUUUGUGGCCGAACAGUGGUGGAUGGGUGAAAAGGCAUUGGUGCCGCCGCGCCUGGCUAAGAUGCGCGUGGUCAUUUUCGGGGCCUUUUUCGGCUUUUGCCUGGACAGUGCCUUCUUCACCCUCGUUUACUACGUGCCUCUCUGGUUCCAGGCCAUCCAGGGUGCCACGCCCGAGGAGUCUGGUGUUCGAUACCUGGCCCUUUGCCUAGCCUUUAUUCUCACCAUUUUCCUCAGCGGCUGGGGUGUCACGAAGUUGGGUUACUACCAGCCUUUCAUGCUUGCUGGCACUGUUCUCGUCUCCGUUGGUUCUGGCCUUCUUUCGACACUCAAAGUAUCCUCGGGAGCGAAUCUCUGGAUUCCCUUUCAAGUCAUCGCCGGGCUUGGCAUUGGCGCUUCAACACAGCAAGCAGCGGUCGCCGUCCAAAGCAGUCUGAAAGAGGCUGAUGUAGCUAUUGGGGUGGCAGUUGUGCUUUUCUUUCAAUGCUUCGGUCCUACUACUGCCAUCACAGUUGCUCAGGCCGUGUUUGCGAGCAUACUAACGUCGGGAAUAACCUCCGAUAUCCCAGGCGUCGAUCCCCAAGCAAUCAGAAACUCGGGUGCUACGCAGCUUAAGGACUUGGUGUCUCCAGAACAGUACGGUACACUACUGCAGGUAUACAAUCAUGCCAUCACAAGGACAUACAUAGUGGCUGCUGCUAUGGCUGCGGCAAGUAUCGUUGGCGUUGCUGGCGUCGGACUAAAGAAUAUUGCGAGUGAGGGCGACGAGAAAAAGGAUACCGAGGGUCAGUAA